GUUGGUCCAUCGCCUGGUUUGCAUCUGACCGUAUAGAUGCAGGUCCGAGGACGUUACAUUACAGACUUUAUUACUGAUAACCAGCCCGUUCAGUAUGCGGAUGUUUUAAACCGAUUGCUUAUUUUAUAGGCUUCAUUCACCGCUCGGGUUCCGUCUCUGUAGUGGCUCUGCGUUGCGAUAUAUUUUUUUGUAUUUUUUUGGGAUCUAAAUAGGAAAUAAAAUAAUAUCCAUAACCUCCAGGAUGAUCUUUGCAAAUACAGGCAACCCGCUGAAGACAGCCAAUCGUAAGCAGUCCUACCCCAUGACUCCGUCCAGUCCCAGCAGCAGCAGCAACAGCAGCAGCACAGGCCUGGAGCAGCUCAGCAAAACCAACCUCUACAUCCGAGGCCUGCCGCCUGCUACUACAGACCUGGACCUGGUCAAACUCUGUCACCAGUAUGGCAAGAUUCAGUCAGCAAAGGCAAUCCUGGACAAGACAACCAACAAAUGUAAAGGUUACGGCUUUGUGGACUUUGACAGCCCAGCGGCUGCUUUAAAGGCAGUACAUGCUCUGAAAACCAGCGGCAUUCAGGCCCAGAUGGCCAAGCAACAGGAGCAAGACCCAACAAAUCUGUAUAUUUCCAACCUGCCUAUUUCUGUGGAUGAGAAAGAGUUAGAGAACAUGCUGCAGCCUUUCGGACAAGUCGUCUCCACGCGGAUCCUCCGAGACUACAGCGGCAACAGCCGGGGCGUGGGCUUCGCCAGGAUGGACACAACAGAGCAGUGUAACGCAGUGAUCUCACACUUUAAUGGGAAAUUUCUCAAGAUUGCCUCUGGAGCUCUAGCUCCUUCUCAGCCCUUGCUGUGUAAGUUUGCAGACAGUCAAAGGAAGAAACAUGCUCAUGGUGGAUUUCUUCCCAAUGGACAGACAGGGGAUCUCAGACUAGGUGCAAUGACUCUUACCUAUGACCCCUCCUCAGCAGCUAUACAGAAUGGGUACUAUCCCUCUCCGUAUCCAGUGACCAACAGGAUAAUGACUGUGCAGCCUGCAAUGUCUCCCUACAUGUCUCCAGUCUCUGCUUACCAGGUACAGAGUCAUUCUUGGGUGGCACAUCAACCAUAUAUCAUGCAACACCCGGCUCCUGUGAUGUCUCCCUCUGUGGAUCCCUCCAUGUCAUUGCAUCCUUCAGCCAUGAUUACUCAGCAGAUGGGCCAGCUGUCAUUGGGAAACACUGGAGCGUAUAUUGCAGCCAACCCUGGUGUCCAAGGAGCUUACAUGCCUCAGUAUCCUCCCAUGCAGGCAGCAGCGGAAAAUGGCACACAGCAGCAAGUGGAUUCUUCCAACAACUCGUCUCCUUAUAGUCAACUCAGCAAGUAAUCACAGGCUAGAUUACCCCUCUGUGAGCCAGAAGGCAGGUGUGGCGUUGCUGAUGACAUCACAGUGAUAACAGUCACGGCCUUCUCUGAUUGGACCAGACACAUGAACUUUUUUGCACAGCCCCGAUGUUUGUGGUGGGAAAAUGAGGACAGUGUAAAUGGACUCAAGCAGUUGGCUAAUGACAGAAAAAAAAAAAAAAAAAAGAUUUAUUUUGAUAAGAAACAACAUGCUAUUCUUUUUCUCUUUUUUCAAGGAUUCUCAAAUAAAAGCCAGAGGACCCUGCCCCCUUCCAAGUCCCCUCACUCCCUCAUCAUCCCCAGUAUGAUGUGAUAUUAAAAUGCAUGAGAUUGAGAUACCCCCCCCCUCCCCCCCACACUCCCCCCUCCAAGGUUUCUGUGCUUUUAUAGUUACUUUAUUUGUGAUACAUGAAGAACCCUUCCAAAAAUCUUGUUUGCGUUCAAGUUUAAAGUUUCAGAAAAGCUUCAUUUUGGCUUCCACAGUUGUCACAGAAUAACUUACAAAAAAAAUUGUGCUCAACUGCACUUGACAGCUGAUACAGGUGACCAUUUCAUUAGGAAUUAACAAAUUUAUUAUUGGAAAAGGUGCCUUCCUUACGUCACACAUUGAACAUUCUCCAACAUUUCUUCAUUGAACUUGAUCAGGUGUCAUAUUUCUAUCUGAUUGAUCAAACGUGUGUGUGAAAUAAUGGAGUGUUUCGCUAUGUAGUCUUCUGGUGGCAAUAAAGACAAUGAGAGUCCCACUGCAAUACUGAGAAAAAAAAGAACGGUGACAAACUCAGAGCAAGGUAAUCCCCCCCCCCCCCCCCUCCCUCUUUCCUUUUUUUUAAACUCUAGAAAUGACAUGAAUUAAGAGCCGUACUUUUAUGAAAUUACACGUUUUCUCCAAAUGGGCAUCUUUUAGGAGGGUUGUUGGUUUUUUUUCCCUCUUGUGGUCAGUUUGACCAGUGAUCUACCUCAUGGUUCUGAGUCUGCUGGUGUUGUGGGGUUUGCGGGUAAAGCCCUUUUCACCAGAGUGGACGAAGCAGAACAAAAGCCACGCUCAGGAGCUGGCUAAAUAGGACUUCUACCGUUUGUCUCCCACAUGCAGCAUUUCUCUUCCUGAUUUUCAAAGAAACAUUGUGCUUUGCCUCAUCUUUAUUUGUCAUUGCCUCUGUUCUCGUGUGUGUGUUUUUUUUUCUCCAGAUGAUGAGUGUUGUUUAGUUUUGAUGCUCCGUUUUAAAGAUUCAAAGUAAGACAACUGCUAGCUUCUACUUAAAAUAGUUGGUUUACAACGUCCUUGAACAAAUGAAUGCAGUCUACACGCAUUUAUUUGGUGAUUUUUUUUCUGCCUUUCUAGCCAGAUCUUAGAUGAUACACCACUGUCCCUUACCUUUUCAAUUUUUCCUUAAAAAAAAAAAAAAAGAAUAAAUGUCACUAUCCUGGCUUAAACUGCUUUUGUAAAUCUCUCCAAAAAAGACUAGAAUAUAGCUACGUGUUUGGUCAGAUACAGCAGCUUAAUACAAUUUGGAGUGGAAAAGUAACUGAAAUCAUGCAUAAUGCAAAAUAAAGGCAACAAUUACACACAAAGUACUUAAAAGUAUUUAAUUCAAAACCACAAUUAGAAUUUGAUGGAAGAUGCCUGAUGGACGGACGGUGGCUGACAGCAUGUGUUUCAAAAGUAAAGUAAAAAUUAUAUUUGAAAAUUCUAUACAUCCAGGGCCAAAGUGAAAAAUAAGUGAGUUUUGUUGUUUGCUUUGGGGUUUUUUUUCCUUAAAUUGAAGAUUUAUGAUGUAAGAACUAUACACGACUACGAGACAAGAAAAUGGUCAAAGCUGUAAGGUCGUAGCGUUUUACCUGAUCAAUAGUACUGUAGCAGUGAAUGCUCACAAUAUGAAAAUACUUACAGUAAUCAGACUUUUACUGCAGGUGCUUUCACAUUCUGGACAUUUAUGGCUGGAAAAAAUGUAAAAAUGCAAAAAAAACCAUAAAAAAAUCUUGUACAUGUUAUCCUCAUUGCUUCCCCCUGUCACCUUCAAUUGAUUCUCAAACAAUCUUCUCCUUGCUCUCUCCUUUGAAAACAUUUGAAACAGUGAUGAAUAAAAAGGCUCUUCUCUUUCUC